AUGACCGACGGACUGUUGUUUCCUGACUCCUGCGUGGAAGAAGCCCGAAGCCGUCAGCCCAGCCUGAGCCGAGCGGGCAUCCUUCCGCCCCGGCCGGGGGCUGGGGUCUCAGCCAGAGCGGAGGAAGAUGGCACCAGGCCUGGGGUCCCUCCAGCCCCCACCGUGAGGGCCGGUGGAGAGCCCCUCCUGGCUGAACCCGGUCCUUGGCGCUGCCCGAGGGGCCAGGCCUGCCGGCAGGAACACUUCUCCAAACCAGCCCCUCCUCCCGCGCAGCCCCAACGUCUGCGCAGCCCCGGGCACUCAGCUCCCAGGGACGGGGGCGGCUGCUGUCCUCAUGGCCCAGCCAAGUCCCCUCCACCCACUCAGGACCAACACCCUGGCCUAGGGUCUGGGUUCAGGUCUGGCCCCAGCACGAGCCAUCACUUGUGGCCUCGGCGAGCACCGGGUGGAAGGGAAUGCGGGAGGACUCAGGGAGCGGAGAGUGCUCCCCAGGGGCAGCCACAGUGGGGGCGGGUGCCCGAGUGCCCAGACCAGGCCAGCCCCCACGGCCAGACGCUGGAAAAGCCCUGGGGGACCCACACCCCUAGGAGGCCUCCCUGUGCGGCCCACGGCAGCCAGCCAGACCGAGGCCCCGACCCGGCGCUCGGCGUCCUACCCGUGGGCUCAGCGUGGGUGGGGCUGGCCGGGGAGGCACCCCGACACCCGGAUGGGCAGGCAAUGUGGCCUCUGGCCUCCUCCCGCAGAGCCGCGGCCGGGAGCAUGGAGGCAGCUCAGGGUCCAGGAACCUGCCCCGAGCCCGCACCAUCUGACCCCCGGGCCUGUCUGCUGUCUGCUCCAAGCAGGCCACGCAGAUGGGCCGAGGCGGCCACCAGGAGCACCUGCCUGCUGGGAGGGCUGCAGGCGAGAGGACCAGGCAGGGAGGAGAGACGCAGCACCUCCAAGAGUCCUGCUCAGCCUGGCUCCCAGUCCCGCGGGAGACGGAUGUCUGCCUGCCUGCGGCUGGGUGGAUGUCCAGGCCCUGUCCUGCCCAAACUAGCUGAGGAUGCACCCUCCCAGAACCCACCUCCAAACACCACUGGCCGGUCCUCUGAGGACUCAGUUGGAGCAGAUGCCUUCAUCCAGACUGUGAAACGAGGUCCGAGCACAAGGCUGUGGCCAUCACAGCCACAAGGCCGUCACCCUGAGCGCUCGCUGCGUCCACCCGGCAGCAGGCUGCGAGGCUCACAGGCGUUAAAGCCUUGGAAAGUGUCCACCCCGCAGGGCUCCUGA